ACCACCACUUAUGGUCUUCAGCAGCAAGUUGGAAAUAAGUCAAUGCCACCGUUAUAAAGGCAGUAACAAUGAGGAGGAUGAUAAAGACAAGAAAUAAGAUAUUGUAUAUAGUAUAAAUCCUGUGGCCCCACACACUAGCAAAGAUGUAAUAAAGCUCAAUGUAGAUUGCACUGAAAGGAAGAAAACCAGCCAUUCAACCGCAACUGAUGAGCCCGAAGAGAUGUUAACCGUAUUCCGAUGCAGAAAGCGUCGGAAAAUUGUGGAGUAUUCGGGAUCUGGUGGGCGGCGGAAGAACGUGAACAGCGGCGGUUGGAGAAAUUAUGGUUGUUGGUGAUGUGGAGUAUCCGGGAUCUGGUACGGGUGGAUCGGGCUUGGGCGGCGGAAGAACGUGAACAACGAUUGGCGGUGGGGGUUGUUGCAGUGGUGGUUGUUAGUGGAGAUGGUUGGUCGGAAUGGUGGGUGUAGCGGUGAAGGAGAUCUUGGAGGUUGUGGUGGUUGACGGAAUGAAGUUGAAUCGUGGGGUUUUUAGCAGUGGUGGUGUGUGGAGGAGACAUGGGGUGUCAGCAUGGUGGUGGGUGGCGGAGGCCAGCAGAUCGGUUAGGGUUGAACGACGGGGGUGGGUGGAUUGGGGUGGGGAGAUAUUAUGAAGAAGAUCAGUGGGGUUAUGGUAGGGCACACUUGAAAUUAUAAUUAUUAAAUUGAUUUUUGUAAUGUGUUUAAUCUAUUUUGGUUUUAUAUAAAGGGUAAUUAAGUCAUUUUACACUCACUUAACAUCAAAAACUAAUUUCUAUCCGCGUUCGCGUUAAGGACUAUCCGAGAACGAAAUUGCAAAAGUUAAGGACUAUAGCUGUAAUUUUAGAUAGUCAAGGACUAAAGGUGAAAAUUGAGCAAACCUCAGGGACUAUCCGGGCAUUUUUCUAUAUAUUUUUUAAAGUCUCACUCAUAAACCUGUUGUCUCAUACGUGUUCAGGAGGUUCUACAAAUCAAAACAAUCAAAACAACUAAAAAAAUUUCAUACAUAUCCCAUAUCGGUACGAACCUUGGGCCGCCAUAGUUCAGAUGUUACGUAACGGAUGUAAAGACACAAACUGAGAACCCUGAUCAAAGUUUCUAGUUUGUAUGAAUGAACAGGACCAUCAUCUAUACCAUCUCAAACCCUCAAUAUCUUCGUAUGCUCGAAAAAUGUUCAACUUUCGAUCAACUCAAACAAAUCCACGCGCAAACCAUCACUGUCGGUCUUGCUCGAUUUACUUACAUAACCAGCAAACUCCUGGCUUUCUCGGCAAUAUCCGAUAUAGAUUACGCGCAGACAAUCUUGAACCAAAUAAGCAUGCCUACCAUCUUUGAUUUCAACACUAUGAUAUUGGGUUACUCUAAAACGUCAAAACGAGAAAUGGGUGUUCUACUUUACGCUAAAAUGCGUAACGAAGGAAUCAAACCGAAUGCUCGUACGUUCCCUGUGCUGAUCAGAACGUGUAAUUGUUUACGGUCGUUGCGUCAAGUGCAUGGACAAGUCGUGAAAUACGGAAAUGUUUCUGAUGUUUAUGUUACCAGCUUGCUUAUAUCUAUGUAUUCGAGUUAUAAAGCUAUUGAAUUAGCUAAACAAGUGUUUGAAGAAAGCGCGUACAAGAAUGUGGUGUGUUGUACUAGUUUGAUAACGGGGUGUUUUAGUAACGGGCUUAUUGAUGAUGCUUGUAAGGUGUUUGAUGAAAUGCCUGAGAGAAAUGAUGUAUCGUAUAGCGCGAUGAUUUCUGGGUUUGUGAAGAAUGAACUUUUCAAUGAAGCAAUCCAGUUGUAUCUCCGGAUGAUAAAUUGUGGCGUAGGGAACCCAAACAGGUCUCUUUUGCUGAGCGUUCUCAAUGCUUGCGGUGCGGUUGGUGCUUUUGAAAUAGGAAGAAGUAUACACUGUCAAUUAGUUGAAGAAUCGUUUAGUGUAGACGUCGAUUUUGGUACGGCGCUGAUCGAUUUCUAUGCUAAAUGUGGGGAUAUAGAGAAAGCCAAAGAUAUAUUCAACGCAAUGCCUUAUAAAGAUGUUGCCGCAUGGAGUGCGAUGAUUUUAGGGCUAGCUACAAACGGUAAAAACGAAACGGCAUUCGAUCUUUUUGAGGAAAUGGAGCAGAAAGGACCGGUUCCAAACGGAAUUACAUUUGUUGCGGUUCUUGUUGCUUGUAAUCACAAAACUUUAUUAAAAAAACCGUGGUCUAUACUUGGUAAAAUGAGCAAAGUUUAUGAUGUGGAACUAACAAUCGAGCACUACGGAUGCAUGAUCGAUCUGUUGGCUAGAUCCGGACAACUGAAAGAAGCCGAAAAGCUGAUCAAGUUGAUGCCAAUGAAACCCGACGGAGCUAUAUGGGGAUCUUUUCUACAUGGGUGUUUAACGCAUAAUGCAAUACAUCUAGUGGAGACAGCUGGAAAACGUUUGUUAGAAUUAGAGCCGACGCACAGUGGAAGGUAUGUCGGGCUUGCUAAUAUGUAUGCGAGUAACGGAAGCUGGGAAGGUUUGAUUAAACUGAGGAAGAUGAUGACGGAACGAAGAGUUGCUAUUGCUCCCAGUUGGAGUUUUAUUGAAGUCUAUGGGAAUGUUAACAAAUUCUUUGUUGAUGAUCAAUGUCACCCUCAAGCUAAAGACAUCCAUGAUGUCCUAAAGUUACUUAAGAUUGUAUUAAUGAAUUAGUAUAGUUUGUGACAUCAUUCAUUGGCAUGGUUGUAAAAUUCCCGCUAGUAGCAGGUUAACCGAGUAUUUUUUUUUUCUCUAA